AUGCAGCUGACCCUCUGCAGGCUCCGCACACACCAGUGGUGCUUCAUCCUCUUCAAUGUCUUGCUUUUCCACAUGCUGCUUUUUGGGGCAGAUUUACUGGAGCAGUACUUCCUGCAUUCCCUGCCUCUGUCAUACACCGAUGCAAAGGCUCUGGAGAUCAGGGAGAGGGCCAGGAAGCUGGAUCUGGAUCCUCUGAAGGCCAACCUCUCUCACACCAGCAGCAGUGCAGUGACUUGCUCCAAUCAAGAGAUAUUUCUGCUCAUUGUUGUCUGCAGCAGCCCAGAGAACAGGACAAGGCGCAACGUGAUCAGGCAGACCUGGGGCAAUGCGACAGGCUCCAGGGGUUACAGCGUCCUGACUCUGUUUGCUGUAGGGAAGGCAGCUGCAGCAAGCACCCAGCUGGAGAUCAAUGAAGAGGCUCAAAAGCACCGAGACAUUAUUGAAGGCAGUUUCAUCGAUUCCCCCCAGACGCAGACACAGAAGAUGCUGAUGAGCGUGGAGUGGACGGUGACUUUCUGUCCCCAUGCCAGGUACAUCCUUCACACAGCCCAGGAUGUGUUUGUGGGUGUUGCCAGCCUGGCUGGGUACCUGCUGAGCUUAACCCAGCUGGAGGACAUCUACCUUGGGAGGGUGGUUCAUCACGGAGUGCCCGACAGGGACCCCCAGAGCCCCGGCUUUGUCCCCAUCCAUCAAUACCCCGAGGAGUUCUACCCGGAUUUCUGCCACGGCAGCGCUUUCCUCAUGUCCCAGGACGUGGCUCGCAAGGUUUACGUGGCUGCCAGGGAGGUGCCCCUGGCAGUGCCCCCAGCUGCCUUUGUAGGGAUCUGUGCUCAGAGAGCUGGCAUCACUGCCAGGCACAGCUCCCGCUUUGCUGGGGAGAAGCACAUCAGCUACAAUCGAUGCUGCUAUAAAUUCAUUUUUACCUCCUCUGACAUGAGAGAGGACGAGCUAUUUCAAGACUGGAAGGAAACAAGCAAUGGGGAAGAUUGUUCCUUACUGGAAACCUACUACAGCCUGGUGUCCUGCAAGGUUCUGACCUACAUUGAUAAGUUCAAACAGUUCAACUUGGAUAAGAUAAAAAAUGAGCUCCUUCAUUUUGUCAAUUAA